UGCGCAGGCCGGAAGUGUGGCUUGCGCUUGUGUAGACAGGUGUUCGUUUUUUUUCGGUGACACCCCGGGAGCCACUCUGGUCAUGAGCUGGUGCCGAGCGCUGCUGUGCACAUGGUGCUCGGGUUGUUCGGGGAGCCUGGGGCCCCGGGCCCUCACUGUGCGCUCCCUCACCUUGAGGCGCGUGUCCAACCGUCCUUCCCAUGGAGCCGGCGAGCCCGGGGAGUUCCGCCCGCAGAGGGUGGCCGUGGUGACUAAAACCACUCGCUACGAGUUCGAGCUGCAGCGAUUCCGUUAUGCGGGCCUGUCCGAGGAGGAUCUGAAAGAGCUGCUUGCUCUGAAAGGCUCCAGUUACAAUGGUCUGUUACAGCGACAUAACAUCCAUUCAGAAAAUGUCGAACAUGUUGUAGAAAGUUUAAGGAAGGAAGGAAUUGAAGUGCAGGUAGUGAAAAGAAGAGAUUAUGAUGAAGCCACCGUGCGAUGGGCAGACGCCAUCAUCUCAGCUGGAGGUGAUGGGACAAUGCUUCUCGCUGCCAGUAAGGUGCUGGACAGGUUCAAACCAGUCAUCGGAGUAAAUACUGAUCCAGAGAGGUCUGAAGGACACCUCUGUCUGCCGAUGCAUUACACCCAUUCGUUCCCAGAAGCCCUGCACAAGCUUUAUCGCGGUGAGUUCAGGUGGCAGUGGCGACAGCGAAUCAGACUUCACCUUGAAGGCACCGGGAUCAAUCUCACACCUGUAGACUUGCAUGACCAGCAGCUAAGCCUGGAACAGCAUAGCAAGGCCCAUAACACUGGAGGUCAUCAAGAGCAAACAUCAGCGGAAGUUUCUGGACCUUGCUUGUUACCUAUAAGAGCACUGAACGAGGUAUUUAUUGGAGAGUCGCUGUCAUCCAGGGGGAACUAUAAAUUCAGCAAACCACGUUUUACCUUCUCGCUUCAUAGGGCCUCCUACUAUGAGAUCUCUGUGGACGACGGCCCCUGGGAGAAGCAAAAGAGCUCUGGACUGAAUGUGUGCACAGGGACUGGAUCCAAAGCCUGGUCUUACAAUAUCAACAAGAUGGCGCCACAGGCGGUAGAAGAAAUACUUCAAAUUGUUAAAAGGCACAAGAGCCUGAAUGUGACAUUGGAUGACGACUUCCUAGAGAGAGUUACCAAUGAAUACAACGACUCUUUGAUAUUCAACCCAGAGGAGCAGAAGAUGUUCUUCAGUGUUCGGGAGCCAAUCGCCAACAGAGUUUUCUCUAGUAGCCACCCUUGUGGAUUUACCUCCAAGGUGAGCGUGCGAUCACGAUGCUGGGAUGCUUGCAUGGUGGUAGAUGGAGGAACGUCUUUUGAGUUCAACGAUGGCGCCAUUGUCUCUAUAACCAUGGAUAAGGAGGACGCACUGUGCACGGUACUUCUGGACGACUAGCCAUAGAAGACAACACAAAGCUUCAGCUGCAGGAGAGCACUUAAUGCUGCCACGUAUCCCUUUCCCCAGCGAUAACACUCAUCUCAGGACACUAAAACACAACUCUGUUAUCCGUUCAGCAUUACUGACCAGAAACCUGCGAGAUGAUGACACUAGCACCCUGCAGACUGAACUCCUCUGCAGAUCUGAUCACUUGUGUGGGCGCCUACAAUGCUGUUCAAGCUGUGACUGUAGAUGUCCCCUCAGCCGCGCCAUAUACUGUCCAGCCUCACUGAUGCCAAGCUCACAUGACUGCUGUAACGCCCAGUCAUUGGACACUUGUAUAUUUGUAAAAAGGGAUGUACUAUUGCCACCUCUGAUGCAAUUGCGAUAGCUUGUCUGCUUUUUGCAUCAAGCUAUUUUUAGCUGUUUAAAGUUGCUUUUUUUUUUUUCUCGGGGAAACAAGCAUUGGACUUUGGGGCCAGUGUACCAACUGAUUUCUACUGCCUCCUAAUGACAGCUUUUUGAUG